AUGUCUUCGAAAAUCACACUGAAUGGUGCGCCACUCACACCCGAAAUGAUACAAGAACAUAUUCAAAAUACUUCUGCGCCCCCAUCGAAUCGACAGUCAGGGAGUAGUGGAGACUGGGCUAAUUCAACAGACUCAUUGUUAGCACAAAACUCGAGUGGAGAGGAAACAUUGAGUAAACCCGUCGACAUCUUUCAAGAGUAUUUGGAUAACUUAAACGUGUCGUACGAGAAGUUUGAGAACUACGAAAACCUCGAGACGAAUGAAAUCAUGAUGGAAAUUCAUGUGACGAAGUGGGACAAAUGCUUUAUGAUAACGUUUUUCAUAGUUGGGAUAUUCUUUCCACCACUCUUAUUAGUUGGUCUCAUUGCGAAAAGAAAGUAUAAAAAUUCACAAAAGCUCGGUUCCAUUUAUCAGACAACAUUGUAUUUACUUUAUUUGUAUAUGCUGCUGUUUGCGUCGGCCGCAGUUGUUGCGAUUAUAUUUGGGUUCAUGCAAAUUUGA